UUUUUAAUGUGUUUACACAUUCAAACAUUUGCAACAAAUUAAAAAUCUCUGUCAACGUCAAAAUUUUCCAUCCGAAUAACUUCGUUUCGAAAAAUUUUCAGAAAAUAUCACCAAAAUGGAUUAUUCUCGUUUUCUAUUCUUCCUCAACAACAACAAUAAUAAUAAUAAUAACAGCAAUAGCAAUGAAAAUACUUCAAGUGACGAAAAUGUUAAUGCGCAUGCGCAUGAGGAUGUUGACGACAAUAAUAACCAAGUGAAUAAUAACAACGAUAACAAUAUUGAUAAUAAUAGUGGAACAUCAAUUGAGGCUGAGGCUGUGUCAACAACUACGCAUCCAGCUAGUGUGGGACAACAUGAAGGACUUGUUGAUAAUGAAGAGGUUGAGCAACCGGAUGUGUUAUCCUUGGCGGGAGGACAUCAUGGGUCUGAUAUUCAAAUACAAGUAUUCGAAAACGAAUUCAUGGAAAACGCCGGAGACGACGCCUUCGACAACCAAGACAACUCCGACGACGGCGAGCACAGUGACCGCAUCCCCUCAGUCGGCGAAGGCGAUUACGCCAUCCAACACGGCGAGGCAUUCAACUCCCGCUGGCUCCUGGAACGCAUGUACAGCACCUACGACCUCGGCCACAACCUGCACGACCGCCAAGAUUUCGUCAGCAUCGAGCAAGCCGCCGCCAGCGAGGACAUCGACGAAGAUGACACCAUCGCCCCCUGGGUCCUCAACCUCCGCCCCGUGCAAUACCGCCCACAAUCACGCAUACCCACAAUCGACAGUGACACCGACCAAGGCCAAAACGAAGACAUCAUGGAGCAGAUACCCGAAAUCAACGAGGAACCCAUCGCGGCACCCAGGGAAGAAAGGAAUAAUCCAAGAAGGGUUUUUAAUUUGAAUGGUGAGGGUACGAGUAGUUUGGCACUGCAUCCACCGAGCCCAAGUCCUAGUGAAGCUGGGUCACUUGGAUCUCUUGGUGAUUUUAACCUAGAACCGCAGUUAUCGUUGAGGAUUGGUCGCAUUGCAAGGGGCGGGACUGCCAGAGGAGGCGUGGUUACUGGCGGGAGUAUGUUGAGACCGACUACGUCACGCAGAAGAAGUGAUAAUCGCGUGAAACAGCGGAAGAGGCGUAAUUUGUUUACAAAUACGUAUAGUUUGAAUUUAGGCACGAUAAGACACACGCAUUGAUUGAUUUAAGAUUUAAGAUAAAGUUUUGAAUAAAAAUACGUUGACAUGAAA